AUGUGUUUAGAAAAGAAAUCAGAGAAUGAACGACCAACUUAUGGAUGUCAAGUUAUGGUUCAGGUAAUUCAAUUUGUCAAAUAAAUUGUUGUCAUUGAAAGGAAAUAAAAUUUCAGGUUGUUUUUUCUUUGGGUGUAUGUCAGUCUCUGGUGAGGAACUGUUUUUCUUAACCAUGUGCAUUUAAUAUAUCUUAUUUCAAAAUCUGGGUUUUCAUGAAUGUACCAAGGAUUGCUAACUGCAGAUCUAUAAGUUCGUGGGAUACAUUUUAAUCGUGUCACUUUUCAACAGAGGGCCGAGGAGAAAUCUUUGGCUAAGCAGCUCAGGAAGGAAGAAAAACGUUUGAAGAAAGAUGGGAAGUUGAGCUCAGAGGAUCAAGAAAUAGCUGGGGCCCUAGACAUGACCCCUGAGGAACUGAGGGCUGCCAGGUAUGUCAUGUUUUUGCAUCAAAUAUAUGUCUCUUAGUAAAUACGAUAAUUAUAUACUAAGAUUUGGGAAUAUUUAAAAAAAAUGGCUUUGUAUUACAAGUGUUAUGAAAGAAUCAUUUUCAUUUAUUACAAUUCAGUUAUUCUGCCCAUUUUAUUUUCAGGAUGGCAGAAUUGGGAGCUGCUAAGACAGCUCCACUUUUCUCUGGCCGGAGCUCAGGCUAUGUUAAACCUGAAAAAUAUCCCUUUGUAUUUGACAAACUUGCUGAUGCCCAGCAAUCCUCAGCUUACAUUGCAGGAGCAAAGGUGUGUAUGAGAGUAGGAUUUUUCCAUACUUAUGUUUGCUUUGGUACGUAGUAUCACAAUAUCUAAACGGAGAAGAGGCUCAUUGUUUUUUGAGGAAUAACUCUGACAUAAGGGAGUCACACUAAAUACAGCUCACACUAUUCAAGCUCCACUUCUGAAAUAAAUAAGCUCAGUUAUUCAUAAGUUUUUUGUAAAAGUCAAGGCUUAGAACCUAGAGAUUAAAAAAUCCAGAAGCCCAUAAAAAUAAAGAAAAGGAAAUUGAAUCAACCGAAUUAAUUUUGUUUUAGAUCAUGAUUCUAUGAUAAAUUCUAUCAGUCAUUAUUUGAAACAGUAAAUACUGGGGAAUGUCAAGAAUAAGUUUGUCGCAUCGGUAAAAGGUUUCCUGCUUUUAAGAAAUUCAGAUUUUAAAAUAUAUUUCCCUGGAAUUAAUAAAAAUCUGCCCAUCUUCCUCUCCAUGACAUUCAAUAUGUUACCAUGGCAUUUCUUUUUCCUGCUACGUUAAAGCAUUUUUGCUCUUUUCCAUCCUUUAUGCCAAAAUUCAAGGCAGUUUUGAUUGGAUAGUGUCCACAGUGAGCCAGCGUAUCCCACAGAUUGUUGGCUGGAAAGGGAUGUGGCUCACUAAUGUGGACAUUGCAUUAAGUAGAUGACUUCAUAUUCUUACUGUUGAGAAUGUUGGCUUUAUUUUUGUGUUGUCUAUAUCAGUGUAUCCCACAGAUUAGGGUGGUUUUUGGCUGGGAAGUGAUGUGGCUCACUAAUGUGGACAUUGCAUUAAGUAGAUGACAUCAUAUUCUUACUGUUGAGAAUGUUGGCUUUAUUUUUUGUGUGGUCUAUAAUUUAUUGAUUGGUUUCUUGAGUCAGUUUAUCACGCCAUUGUUAAUUGCUAAAAUUAAAUUCCAUUUCUAUUUUAAGAACUCACAGCUCUCAAAAAAAGUUCCUUUGUUUAAAAUUUAUAAGUACUAUUGAUAUUCAUCUGUUUCCACAUAGAUUGUUUUGCCUGAGAAUUUUGAACGUAAAGAUGACAAGCUGUAUGAAGAGAUCAACAUUCCUGCCAGUGGAUCAGCACCUCCGGAAAUUGGGAAGAACCGCAUUAGAAUUGACAGCCUUGAUGAUGUAAGUCAUAAGAAGUUUUUUGUGGAACUUUGUCUGUUAUGUGAUGUCAUUUGCUGAACUUUAAUAUGUGACAGGGGUUUAUUUGCUGAACCUCUUAAUAUAUGACAGUGGUUUAUUUAGGCUGGCUAAUCUGGUCAUAUUAAGUGUGUCUUGCUUUGAAAAAAAAUUGUAAAGUAAAUAAUAUUGCCAAGACAUGUUGCUUUGUUUUGAUUACUUAUUGUUCAAUUUAAAAAAAAUUUUUGGGGUUCAAAUUUGUAAAUAGUUUUGUUCUCCUCUACAAAUAAUGCUAUUCUCUUUAGAUUGGAAAACUUGCUUUCAAGGGCACUGAGAGUCUAAAUCGAAUCCAGUCUGUUGUCUUCAAUGCUGCCUACAACACCAAUGAGAACCUUCUCAUCUGUGCCCCAACUGGUGCUGGUAAAACAAAUAUUGCCAUGCUCACAAUAUUACA